GCUGCGGGAGAGCCUCACCUCCCCGUUGAGCCACCCGCACAGCAGCCCCGCCAUCACCGCCGGCCGCCCCCGCCCAGCCUGGCACCGCGUCCCGUUGCCACGGCGACCGGGAGCCCGGCGCAUGCGCGAAGAGGGGGUGGCGGCCUUCCCCCCCCCCCCCGCCCCUCCCGCCCCUCCCGCCCGCUCUCUCUGCCCCGCGGAGGGCCGCGCACGCGCCGCAGGUGUGGCGGGUGUGGCCGGGGCGGGGAGGCGAGGAGGAAGAACUUGGAAAGAUGUCUGCAUUCUGCACUGUGAAAGCUGAGUCUGCAGUGUUUAAAGGAAAAUACUUGCAGACAGCAAGUAAGGUUAUAUCUGUAAUGGUCAAAGGAAUAGAAGACCUCAAACAGCAAUCUUCUGAACAUAGACAGAAAUGAAGUUUCAGGGACUGUGGCUGCUUGUCAUUCCUUCUGGCCUCCUAAAAGAAACUGUAUGUAUGAAGAUUAUGUCAUACACUCUUUGUUAUUCAAGCCUACAGCUGUUGUCAAUAUUAGUUUUUAAUCACAUGGAAGUAAUAGUAGUAUGUAUAUAUUAUCAAGAGCUUGGACUUUUAUCACAAAAUGGCAAUUGUAAAACUUUUAAAGGUUCAAGAUUCUACUCUGAAGGGCAGUUAGGAGGAAUGAUCUUCUGAAUACAAUGAAGAUUAAAAGGCAAAUGGAGAUGUUUGGAAUUCUUAGAUUGCAUUUAGAUCGAAGCUGUGCAUGACAGUAUCAGACUAAACUUACUGUGUAAGUGUGGUUUCAGGAGUUUCAUUUUUGCACUGGAAUUUAUUGCUGCAUCACUAAAUUUUUUAUAAUCACAUUAAUUUCCUAUUUUUUGUAACUAUGUUUUUUAUUGUUUGCUUGCCAUGUCUCUUGGGAGGUUGCAAAAAGGCUAAAUAGCAUGCACGUCUGAUAGUGUUUUUUUUCCCACUUUUCCUUCUCUAGUUUGAUUAUUCAUUUUACUUUACAUGUCAUUUAUUCCCUCGAGCAUGAUCAAAUGACCACAUCCUCUUUGAAACCUAGUUUCAACUAUAUUUGUCCUGCCCAGAUGCUUUCCUCCUGUCACCUCUGGAUCCUCAUAAGCGUCUGUACUGAGGACAGAAGAGGAUUGAGCCCUAAAGAAAGGUUUAGAAAUUUCCAUGAUCUUGAGGUUUGUGCUACAGCAUAUUUGCACAGCUGUUUGCUACUAAAUCAGUGAAUUCAGUUCCCUAUACUGCCAUUUUGAAGUCAUAAUUCUGGAACCCUGUCCUGACUCCUACCCUGGUUUUCCUUGUUGCCACAAGGCAACAGUUAUAAUAAUUCAGACCAGAUGUCUGCCUAGUCCAGUCUCCUGUUGCUGACAUUAAUCAAUAACAAAUUCUGGGGAAGAGAUUAGGGGAAAGCAUAUACUGAAACCUGUAGUUACUCCCUCCAGAACAUUCUCCCAGCCACCACUGAUUGUGGCUGAAGGACUUUUCUGAAACCACAUAAGCUUGUACAAUUAAUUACUUCCAUGAAUACAUGGAGACUGGUUUUGAAUCUGUGUAAAUGUUUAGCAUUGACAGCGAUCUGUGUGUACUGAAUUCCAUUGAAAGAUCUCAAAGAGGUUCUGUGUCUUCAAGGUAGGAAGUGUGGCUCAACUGUUUCAAGAGCAAAGGAAUACUGUAUUAUAAAGCAUCAAAACAGUAAAAUCUGAGGCAUAAGUGACAGAAAAAAAGAACCAAACUGCCUGACAGAAUGAAAAUUCUCAUACUGCAAGCUGAAAGAAUCCAUUGGGUUUUUGAAACAAGUAUAAAUUCCUGCUCCUGCCCAAGCUGCUGAUUGUGUGACAUGAUAUACAUAUACCACCCAACUUCACCUGAUAGCAAGUUAAAACUGCAAGCCUAUUUGUGAAACUCUUUGAAAUGCUGGAUUUUCACGUCCUUGUUCAGGAAGUAUUCGUGAAUUGACAUGGGUCAACAUACUUCUCGUUACGAGGCAAAAAUUUCUUUGCUGUUGGCAUAGACUGGAAGUCGAAGGUAGAAGGGAAACAGAUAUCGGAGAGAAGGGGAAGAAAAGAAAAGCUGCUAACUGAGCUGAUUAUCAAGUGAUCUGACAUUCGCCAAGGAGACGAGCAAAAAUCUUCCUUGCGUACAUGAAUCCUUUAGUGAUCCCUUGAUCUGAUACUCCCCCCUGGGGAGAAGUGGACACCAUGAAGCAGAAAUUGAUGUCAUCAAUUCAAAUUAUAUUGUUACUUCCUCUGACUGCAAUGGGACUAACUGGUCAAUCAUAUCCUGGAAAACCUAAGAUAAUAAGAUGUCGUUCUCUAGAAAAGGAAACCUUUUCUUGUUGGUGGAAGCCUGGUUCAGAUGGAGGACUUCCUACCAAUUACACCCUGUUCUACAGCAAGGACAGUGAAGAAAAAAUCUAUGAAUGUCCAGACUACAGAACAUCUGGUCCCAAUUCCUGUUACUUCAGUAAAAACCACACUAAUCCAUGGACAACGUAUAAUAUCACUGUAACAGCAACGAAUGAGAUUGGAAGUAACAGCUCGGAUCCUCAGUAUGUGGAUGUAACCUCAAUAGUUCAGCCAGAUUCUCCUGUGAAUCUCACUCUAGAAGCAAAAGCGUCUGCUAGUAUAACCUACCUUUGGGCAAAAUGGUCUCCACCUCCAUUAGCUGAUGCCAGCUUUAAUUCACAUGCGUAUCACUAUGAACUACGACUAAAACCUGAGGAAAAGGAAGAGUGGGAAGAGACAAUAUCUGUUGGAAUGCAGACACAAUACAAAGUGAGUAGGUUAAAUGCUGGGAUGAGGUACAUUGUUCAGGUCCGUUGCAUGUUAGACCUUGGAGAAUGGAGUGAAUGGAGCUCUGAAAAACGCAUUCAGAUCCCCAGUGAAGAGUCACCUCCUGAAAAGCCUACGAUAGUAAAAUGCCGUUCUCCAGAGAAGGAAACAUUUACCUGUUGGUGGAAACCUGGUUCAGAUGGAGGACGUCCUACCAACUACACUUUACUUUACAGCAAAGAAGGAGAAGAACAAGUUUAUGAAUGUCCAGAUUACAGAACUGCAGGCCCUAAUUCCUGCUACUUUGAUAAAAAACACACCUCUUUCUGGACCAUAUACAAUAUUACUGUCAGGGCAACUAAUGAAAUAGGAAGUAACAGCUCUGAUCCUCAUUAUGUGGAUGUGACUUACAUAGUCCAGCCUGAUCCUCCUGUGAAUGUAACUCUAGAAUUAAAAAAGCCAAUGAAUAGAAAACCGUAUCUGGUCUUGACAUGGUCUCCACCCCCACUGGCUGAUGUCAGAUCUGGAUGGCUUACCCUUGAAUAUGAGUUGCGACUAAAGCCUGAAGAAGGAGAGGAAUGGGAGACUAUUUUUGUUGGACAGCAAACACAAUAUAAAAUGUUUAGUUUAAAUCCAGGAAAGAAGUACAUUGUACAGAUUCACUGCAAACCAGACCACCAUGGAUCAUGGAGUGAAUGGAGCUCAGAAAAGUAUAUUCAGAUCCCUAAUGAUUUCAGAGUAAAAGAUAUGAUUGUGUGGAUCAUCGUGGGUGUCUUGUCAUCUCUUAUAUGUUUAAUCAUGAGCUGGACAAUGGUUUUAAAAGGGUACAGAAUGAUAGCCUUUAUCUUACCACCAGUUCCAGGACCGAAAAUAAAAGGCAUUGAUACACAUCUGUUAGAGACAGGGAAAUCUGAAGAAUUAUUGAGUGCUCUUGGUUGCCAUGGUUUCCCUCCAACAUCAGACUGUGAGGAGCUACUGAUAGAAUACCUAGAGGUAGAGGACAGUGAGGAUCAGCAACUCAUGCCAAGUCACAACAAUGGUAAUCCCAGUAAAAAAGCAAAAAUGACACCCAAGGAAACAGACAGUGACUCAGGACGAGGGAGCUGCGAUAGCCCUUCUCUGCUUUCUGAGAAGUGCAGGGAGUCCCGUGCCCUUCCAUCAACACUUCAAACACAAGAUGUAAGAGAUGUUCAAGAAAAUAAAGCUGUGAAAAGGAGCUGGGAAACUCAGUGUGUAGCCUUAGAACGGAAAACGCUCCUUUCUAACAGUGAGAGCACAAAAUCAUCCACGUGGCCUGCUGCUCAAUUACCUGAUAAUCAGCCUCCUAUGUUUGCCUACCACAGCAUUGUAGAUGCACGUAAAAUAACACUGAUCACCACAAAUGUGAACAUUGCCCCAGUUUUGGUGGAAAAUGAGGAAAAGCAUCAGUCACGAUAUUCUGUUACUGAAACCGUCCCAGGAGACAUGGAAGAACAAGGAGAGAUGGAGAAUUUGCAUUCCAAAACUGAGCAAACCGCAGUGCAGGUCAAACAAAACAGACCUAAUGAAAAGUCACCUUUUUUGGAUGCUACACUAAUGGAUUACGUAGAAGUCCACAAAGUCAAGCAGGAUGAGGAGCCAGCAGUAUUACUGAAACAUAAAGAAAAUAGUGGAAAGACUGAAAAUUACACUGUUCCAGGAACCAGCAAAGAAUAUACAAAGGUCUCAACAGUUGUGGACCAUAAUAUUCUAGUAUUGAUGCCAGAUUCACGAGUCCAGCACAUACCUAUGUCUCAAGAACCCGCAAAAGAAACAUCUCAGAACCUUCAGCAAGGUCAAGCUGAGAAAAAUAUGAGCUACUGUCUGACAGCUCCAAGUGACUGCAAAAGAGAGACUAGUGGAUCGGAGUAUAUGGACCCAUCCUCCUUUAUGCCCUCUUUUAAAUAACUAAAAGUUUGUUCACUUUUCAUCAGGUAAUGCUACAGAAUGAGUCAAAUACAAUCAGUAUAAUAAUGCAGCGGCUUAAGAUUAUGCUACUGUGUCACAACUGUAGCUUACACCGUCUUCUGGCUGACAAGUCUGUGAUUUACAUAUCAAUUUUGUUAAUAGUUAUGUACAGUAAAAUAAAACCACACAGCAAAUAGUUCCCUAAAAACAAACAAACCAAAAAAAAAACCCUAGCCUCCUAUGUGUAUUAUACAGAGAAUAAUAAACUGUGGGUUGAUAUAACAAUUAUAGAAGUAAACCCUGGAUCAUUAACACAUUUCUCAGAGAGGGAAAUGAGGAAAUGGAUACUACAUGCCAUGAAAAAUAUAUUGCAAACUAAUUCUUCAGUUCUGCAGAUCUUCUGUUAUUUGAUUCAACCUAAGGGAAUAUUGCAGUUUCAACAAAGACUAAGAAUGUUACGGGUCAGUACACCACAAUUGUCUGAGCAGUUUCUAAAUUGGAUAAAUCAUUAUACAAUGACAUUCUGGUCUACAACAUAUUUUUUUCUGAGUGUAUUCUGACAGUAGAUUAAGAUUUCUCUAUACUUUUUCUCAACCCUUAAGAAAAAUGAAGCUCUUAUAUAUGGAAAAAACAUAUAAAAGAGAAUAUAUUCAACUAAUUACAGUAAAAAAAAAAUCCUCUAAAUAUAUUUUGCUUUGUUUCAAUGUGACAGAAAGCUUUGCAUCCCGUUCAUAGCCUAUUCCAGUCAAACCAAACAUGAAAAACAUAGCAGGACACUAUUUGAUAUACUGCCUUACUGUACAUAAUAUACAAUUCUACUUUAGUACAGUCCCAUACAUUUAACAAUGUAUUUUUAAAGGCUAUUUUUCUAUUACCAAAAAAAAAGCAAAAUAAAAUAUUUUUUAACUUCCCAAUGUUAUUUAGCUAUUUAGCAACUUUUCUGUUUCCUUCUGCUGAAACGGAGGUAACAAGUAAAGCUGCCAUUUCUAUACAAGGCAUAAAAUUUAACUUUAUACUAAGUAAGAAUAUGAAGUAAUUUUUAAACUAUAUUUCUAAUAUAUUGCAAAUGUAUUACUAUUUGAAUUGUAAAUUAUUUAUUUCUGAUGUUUUUUACCAGCUGUUAUUAUAAAAUUAAAAUAGAAUCUAGGUUUUGAGAGCAAGCUUCUUUCCCACUUAAUUCGUACUCUCAUGCCACUCAUGAAUGGAAUGAUGGUCACCUGCAUCCUUAGCCAUUGUGUACACUUUUCUCUUAGCCUGGAAAGAAAGUUUGAAAAUUUUCAGGUAUUUCAUAAUGAACUUAUCAAAAUUAGUUUUGGAAUCCAGCCUCAACAGUCAGGGAUACGCGGCAUAAAGUCAGAGUUCUGCUCUGCUGAAAUAGCAACAGGAUUGAGAAUAGUUGUCCAUGUAGUUGGAAAGCAACUAUGGAAGGAGUCAGGAUUCCUCUUACCACAUAUAACCGAAGGCAAAAUCAAAAUGAUAAUGGAAUUGCUGUGUACUUAUGGCCCUUCCUUCCUGAAGCAAAAGUUUAAUUUACUCCAUCAAAGUAUGAACAAGUAAGUCAUGGCUACUUAAAGCUGGGUCAAGUAUUUAGCCAACACCACUAGCUUCAGUGGGAAUUGGAAGCAUAAGGUAAGGGAAAUUGUACUGUACAUGUGAUGGAAAGUUCUCGUCCUUCCUGAACAGUGUUUCUCAGCUUUCUCAGCUUUUUCUGAUUUUAUGCACUGAGCCAGCCUUCCUGCAGUAUCAGGUAACAUGCUGCAGAGCCAGCCAAAACAGACCCUCUGAUUUUGAUCCCCCAAAAAACACAUCUUAUUUGGCAAAUCAAAUUCUCAUAUGAUACUUCCAUGCAAUGGAACUGCUCGAGUACAGAUCGGUCAAGCUGUCUAGCCCUUUCACUGGCUAGACUUUAGAAUUUAACUAUCUGUGUAUAUAUAAACAUGUAUGGUAGUGGAUACUGUAGCAUUUACUUUAGGCAUCAAAUUUGAAGUCUGUGACCUCUAUACCUGCAAUUUACUUCCCCUUUCUAGAGGCUGAUUGGAGCAGUCUGGAUGACCUGCUGAAUGCACAGAGAGGGAUCUUAGAUUCUUAAUUCAGCCACUCAGUUUAUUGCUUGAAGACAUGAAGUGGCUACUUCAGAGAGCAGCCAAGCAUAAAAUUUUGUUUAAUUACAGGUAACAGGACAAUUUUACUGUAGCAUUUGUGGUAUAUCUUACAGAUUUUCUAGAUACUAAAAGUACUGCAAAGAAACUAUUAAGUUCUCAGUCAAAACUGGAAUGUUUUACAGGACAGCAAUCUGUGUGUCUGUGUAUGUAAGCUGAUAGUAUACUGUCUGACAAUGCUUAAUUCUUCUGACUGAAUGCUUCAUUUUUCUGACUGAAUCUGACAAGACCAAUCUGAAUCAGACAUGUUCUCUUUCUUUACGCAGACAGUCAUAUCUGAGCCAAGCAGUUGUUUUCUACUCCUAACAGCAUGCAUAAGGACAUGCUGCUGCAGGCCUUUAGCAGCCCUCUGGUGUUGUAUAGAGGCUAUAGAAUCUUAUCAAGCUACAUCCUAAAGAUUUUCUUUAUGUAGUGGAUUACUUAGGGUAACUUACAGGUGGCUACAGAGAUGCUACAAACCAAAGCAAAGGUUGGAUAACGUGUCAGCAGCAGACUGUUGCUGUCAGUUUAUUUUGGACCAGAGGCAGACAGACACAACUUUGAGCAGAUUUUAAGUGUAUUAUUGAUCCCGCCUAAAUGGAAGUAUCUAUACAUGUACCUGGUUGCUAAGUUUUUAUUGUAGAUCAUGGAGUCUAGAGCAUGAUUUGCUUGGCAGAAUACAAGUGUUUACUUUAGGAAGAGAUAAGUCAUACUCUAAACUCCAUUGACUGUUACUAAGUUUGUCUAUCCUAGCUUGCUCUAAUAGUGAAGUAUGACUCUCUAGUCCAAAAAUGAGAAUUUAAAUAAUGUUUAUACAAAUAUUUCCUAUGCUGACAUUGCUUAAAUGGAAAAAUAUGGGUUGUAUUAAUAUUAUGGGUUAUGUCCAAUUCUGUGGCAGCUGGUAGGUCCCACUAACAUCAGUAACUUUAACACCUUGAGUUCAUAAAACCCAAAAGAUCAGCUUUUCAGAGGACCUUUAGUUUAUAUGCACAUGCAAACUGCAAGUUGCCAGAAAGAAAGAAAGAAAAAAAAAUCAGUAUUAUUGCAUGAAAAAACAGGAUUGCAGGAUAUCAAAAAGAAGGCCCCUCCAGUAAUCCACAAAUUCUCCCGCGGAAAGAGAACUGAGUGAAAGCAUUUCUAUAUGCCUAGCCAUAAACUGGUACUGAAACUGCAAAAUAUCUGCAGGCAUAAAUUACAUUAUGAGGCAUAGAUUCUUUCCCAACUUUGCCAAUGAAAGUCUCAUGAUGCCAAAUCAUCAUGGCUUUCUGUGAAAACAGAAGUUCAGCCCAAGUAGAAAAGGUGUAUUUGUUGGUUGCUCAGAUGUAGCUAAGCUUUUUGAGGGAUUUGCUAGCUAAAUAGAACUUUAAAACAUUUUUCAUAAAUGCAUUUCAUCCUUUAAGCUGAACAAAUGUGCAGUUUGAUUAUUUUCCCUUUGGGUGCACUUUUAUUUUCCAAAACACCCUGUUACUUCCCAGGUGGGAGUGACACCUUCUGAAAGUGGCCUUUAACAUCCAAACUGUACUUUUGCACAUCAAAAGAGAAUAAACUAGUGUCCUGUAAAAUCAGGAUAAUCAUCAGCUAAGUUUGAGGGCCUUUGGAUGUUCAAAUAUUUCAUUGUCUUGUUUGCAACUUUAGUUUUUAUUACAGCUCUUAGCUUUUAAGUAGGAAAUAGAUGAGAUUUUGUAGCAGUUGUACUCAGUGGAUUCUUGUAAAGUUAUGAUACAUCAGUGGGGAUAACAGGCACAUGACACCUCUUUUGAUAUACAGUGAUGAAGUAUGUAACAUAAUUUACCCCAGGAACACGGAUUGUCCCUCUAGGUCUCAUACCAUUAGUUAAACUUCUCACAUGGAUUUAUGUUUCAAUGAUGCUUUCAAAGUUAGAUCUAUAUACAUGUCUCUUAAAGUGUGAACUACCUAUUAGUAACAUAAAAGCCCUAAAAGGCUCUUCAGAAGUAGUUCAUUUUAUAAAUUCAUAAAAUUCAAUAUAUAUAUUUCAAUUAAAUAACUUUCCUUUGGACGCAGAAUAAUUUUAUUUAUAGUUUUUCUUCAGUAUUGAGAAAUAUAACUCAUUAUUUUAAACUUUCUAAUUAAACUUUUUGCUUUAGCAAAGACAUAUUUAAAGUAUAUUUUUAGUAUUUCAAUAUAAUGUUCCUGACUCUUAAAGAAAUAUGAUUUACUCAAGUGGGGCAUGUGCUGCCAAAACUUAUUUUCACAUAAAAUGCAGGUUUGAAGAAUGGUCUUGAUGAUACUAUGUAACUACAAAGGAUUAUGUAAUAAAAAUGCAGUAAACAGACCUUAUAGAAUACUAAUAAGAGGAUGUAUGUGUUUAUGGAACAAACUGAAACACAAAUAUGUAGUGAUAACUGGUUUAUGUUAAAGCAGUGAACUCUGUGAUAUAUCUGUUUAUGUGUAUAUGUUUAGAUGGCUGGAAAAUCUAUAGUUGCUUUAAAUGUCAUUUAAAUAUCUAAAGUGUAGUAACAGUAGAUGUUAAAAAUGAGUAAGAACCAUUUUAUUUGUGAUCUCUGGAGCACUGUAUACGUGCAGCUCACAUCAUUAAGCCUGUAAAUGUGUUUGAUAAUUUCUCAUUAACCGUAAACAAUUUGAAAGUGUUGUGCAAGGAAACCAAAGUCAUCUAAGCCAGUUAAUGAAUAUUAGACAUCUUCUACAAAGCCAUAAAGCGAAAUGAAAUGAAAGCAUCGUGAGAUCAGGCACCAUAUUUUUAAAGAAUCGCUACCUCAGAUGUUGUUUAUUUUUGCUCCCUUUAAAAAGGCAGACAAAAGCAUUUUACUUUGUGUGUCAAAUUGCAGAUUCUUUUCUAAAAACGUAUUUGUAAUGUUCAAAUUGUUUCUCUUAACUAACAGCUUGUCAUGGAAUCAUCACUUGUGUUGCUCUAGUAGUACUAGGAUGGGAUAUUAGACAUUUGUAGCCAAAUAUGUUUUUAUGUGAAAAAAUAACAAAGAAGUUUCCAUCUUUUCGGGAAAGCCAUACUGACCAGCUUGGCAGUUGCUAUUUUCCUAAAGCAUCAGUCCCUUUUCUGCUUUUUGCUACUGCCUGUGUGCCCAGCUUGCUAGGACUGAAUGAGCUGAGUUCUCAGAGGUGGUCUGAUCUUGGAUCUCACCAAUGGGAACUAAGCAUUUAUCAGUACUUACUACUUAGAAAGACCUGUUUUCAGUUGCUUCUGAGAAGUUAAUCUUCAAACUCUGUUCUUAAAUGAGUGAAAAUGGAGACUGCCCCUACUCUCAACUAUCUCAAACCCUCAUACCAUGUCACUGACUUCCUUCAGACUCUAGUGCCUAUGGUGUAGAUGGACAGACUGAAUUACAUUGAGCUGGAACAAUCUUUUGUCUCUGCCUUGAAAAUCCUUUUGAAAUAAAUAAAAGAUUUUUUCAUCUUUCCAGUGGAUGUCAAGCAGGAGAUUAAAGAUAAACAGAAUAUAGAAAUACAUCGUGUAUCGGGACAGAAAGGGAAAUUAGCAAUGGGAAGAAGGACAUGGCUGCUGCAUGUGGCAGAAUGGAAGAGGAGCACAGUCACAGUGAACCCUGCAGGAAGGUGCACAGGUAGUUGAGAAAUCAGAGUGGGCAAACAUGCAUAUUGACCAUAGUUGAGAAGAGAGGGAGGGAGAACAGAAAAAGAAAGCAAAAGAAUCAAAUGUAAGAGUAGAUAGGAAAAAAUCGGAAAUGGUAGAGUAAUAAAUGAGUUUUUAAGAAAAAAAAAAUAUAUAUUUUUUUAUAUCUAAAGUGGGAAUAUGUACAGUUGCUUGAGAUAGUCAACAAAAACUGUAAUGCCUUAUUAAGUACAGACCAGUCAUCAAGAUGCUGAAAUUGGCUACUACAGAUCAGCUGUUAGAUAAAAGCUGAAAAAGACUUAUACACGAGAGUGGGUCAUUCCAUUUAUAUUAAUUACAGUAUUUUCUUACAAGUAUCUGAUAUUGGCCCCUGGCAAACAAUGCUUGAGCAGCUAGACCCCUCAUCUAAUCUGCUGUUGCAUUUCCUACAUUCCUAAGGAAAAAAAUCAACAAAAAUACCACAUGUACCACAUGGUUUUUAAAAGCUACAUUCAAUUUUUCAGACAGAUUUAUGAAUUAGUGGUUUUUUUUUUUUAAUCCAUUUACACUGUGUCACACAUACAUCUGUCAUUCUUAAUCAUUCUUCUAUUUUCUAUUUACUAAAGGCAAUGCAAUGACCUAGAAGCCCCAAGAGACAAAACAUUUUGUGGAUACUGAUAAAUGGUCUCUUGACAUUUCUGGGCAUUGUAUAGUUUGCACCUGUGACAAUAUUAACAUGUAUGACAAUACAUGACAAUAUACCAGUUGACAUUUUCCUUAAUCACAAAGUCCAUGGCUUGGUGAUAAAUUCUAGAAUUACCAAGACAGACUUAAAAUACAUUUCUCCAAUUUAAGCUAAGUUUUUAAGAGAAACUACUACAUCUGUCAAAAGUAAUUCAAGAAAUAACUGAAUUAUUUAUGUCGCAUCUUGCAGUGCUGAUAGGCUUUUAGCUGGAUUUAUACUCAAGACAUCAGUACACCGAGAAGUUAGAAAUAAGGAAGUCUUUUUCACAUCUUCCUGUUUUAUUUUCAGAAGGGUUAACAUUCUGUUUUGUUCUGUGAUGGUGCUGGUCUUGGACUUUCUCUUUAUUUGACAACUUUAUUUUUGGACAACGCUGCUUCUAUUUUAGAGAGCUGCUGACUACCUUCACUUCAUUUUGACAUCAAUAAAAAUGUACAGAUUUUACUUCAUUUCCUACAAAGAUUGUAAUGCUCAGUUUUAUAGAUAAAGCACUAAGUAGAAUUUUUAGAGAAUGCUGGAAAUCUUUGUAGAUAUCAGUAGCAGAGAAUAUCCCUUGAGUAGGACAGAAAACUAUACAUGUCUAGGAAUACGCAGAUUUUUAUACAGAAUACAGGUGGAAGUACAAUGAUGUCAAACCACAUAUUUUAAUAUUCAUAAUGCUAUAAAGUACUCUGAAUUCUCAUCCCAAUGUCCUCCAUUCCAAAAGGAAGAGGAAACUACUGCUCAGAUAUACUGAGAAGGGACCUCCUGGGCUGCUAUACUGUUGCUCAUUUUUCAUCUCAGAAUGUAAUUUUUUAUUCUGACAUCAAAUACCAUUCUUCAUCUGGAAUAAUACAACCAUCAGUUUCAUACGUGCUAUAUUCAUUUAUAUUGCUCAUAGAUACUCAGCAACAUUUGGGCUUCUCAAAUCUUUAUAUUGUGCUCCACAUAUUUUUUUUAGUCUGUGUAAAACAGAAAUAUUGGGGAUGCUGCUCUGAAAAAGUACUGCCAAGGGAAAAAGAAAAAAAAAAAGAAGUCAAAAGCCACUAAUAAUUUGUAUCUGUUCAAAUUUCUGGCAGGGCUGUUAAAUGCAGGAGAAAGUCCCUAGAACUUCCUUGCCUUUGAUAGUGCCAGCAGAUCUCUCAAAGAAACUUAUUUAUAAUUUGAAUUUCAUGUUCUGAAUAGUAUGCACAAUAAACAAGAUAAUUCCCAACCAAGAAAGAGACCAUCCAAUAUUUAAAGCAAUUUUUUUUUCCAUUUGCAUAAACCAAUUCAUUGCUAGCCUUGCAAUAAAAGCUAGGCAUUUCCAUUACAUUUUCAGAAUUUGUAUGCAAUCUGGAACAUCCAAGUUAUUGUAGUGUCAUUACUUUAGCAACAGAAUGACUUGAAGCACAAUUAUUCUAUGAACCAGAUCCAAAUGUCUUGUAAAUUUCUAAAAUUUAAGAAAUUAUAGAAAGUAGAUUUCAUAUGCAGUAUGUACAUUGGUUGGAGCGUACUGGUACAAAAAUAGUUGCUCAGGAAUUCUUCAUUGUUUCUAAGUGUAUUUGAAGGAAGAUGCUUUAAAAGUAUGUAUUUUUUAAGUUCUUAAUAUUGAAACUGUUGGCUUUAAUAAAAUCUGUUAGCAAUUUCACUUGUAAGAUCAAUAUUGUUACUGAAGUCUGUAGCUUUAUGGUGGACUUUUCUAUAUUUUGUCAUUGUAAAAUCUCUCUGCAAUGAUGUUCACAUUUCGAUUUAAUAAAAGUUC